AUGUCGCUGAAGCCCAUGUUCAAGUACUUCAAUUUGAUGAGGUUGAGAAGCUUUAUCGAAUGGCUCUUGACAUUCAAAGAGAAAAAUUUAUCAGCCUCUCCUGAAGAAGCUGCUAACAGGAGACUCUUGGGUAUUAUUUACAAUUUGAAGGGAGACAAUAAGGCUUCUUUUGAGCAUUAUGUUUUGGCAGACAUUGCCAUGGAAGCCAGUGGCCAAGAAGCUGAAAUUCCUGUACCCGAAAAACACCAUAAAAUUACAGUAACAGCCACUAACUGCAACAUUGGCGACACGUAUUUAUCUAUGGCACGAUAUGAUGAGCCUAUAUGUGCUUACCAAAAAGCACUUACUAUGUUCAAGUCUACCAAAGGAAAGAACCAUCGGUCAGUUGCAUCAGUCUAUAAACGUUUGGCUGAUUUGUACAACAAGAUAGGGAAAUUCAGGGAAUCAAAAUCUUACUGUGAAAAUGCACUUCAGAUUUAUAUUAAAACCGUCCCUGGAAGCCAUCCAAAAGAGAUUGUAAGUGGCCUUGUCGAUGUAUCUGUGUUCUAUGAAUCCAUAAACGAGCCUGAUCAGGCUCUCGAGUUGCUUCGGAAGGCCAUAAAAGUGUAUCGAAAUACACCAGGACAACAGAGAACUAUUGCAGGAAUCGAAGCCCAGAUUGGGAUCUUGCACUAUAUUCUGGGGGAGUACGUGGAGUCUUACUAUUCCCUAAAAAAUGCACUAUAUGCAAAAAACGAGGCUGCCGACUUAUUUGAAGAAGCAAGAACAAUUUUUGAGACUGAAUGCGGACCUUACCAUGCAGAUACAUUAGGGAUCUAUAGCAAUCUUGCUGGAACUUAUGAUGCAAUGGGCAGGACGGAUGAUUCAAUUGAAUUAUUAGAAUUCAUUGUUGGAAUGAAAGAGGAGAAACUAAGAACAACAAAUCCUGAUGGGGAUGAUGAGAAGAGGAGAUUAACUGAGUUAUUAACAGAAUCAGAGAGAGUGAAGAGCAGGAAAACAAGAUCCCUGGAAACUUUUCUUGGUAACAUGUCUCAUGUUUUCCUCAAGGAUCAAGAGAUCAAUAUACUAGAAAGAUGA